CGCCGGCCCGACUCGGGAAGAGCCCGGUGGAGCAGCGCGGCCGCCCCCGCCUCGGAGCCAGCGCAAUCUCCAUGGCCAGAGGUUUCGGAGUGAUGGGUGACGAUGGUUCUAUCGAUUACACUGUUCAUGAGGCCUGGAAUGAAGCCACCAAUGUCUACCUGAUUGUUAUUCUUGUUAGCUUUGGGCUCUUCAUGUAUGCGAAGAGGAAUAAAAGGAAAAUUAUGAGGAUAUUCAGCGUGCCACCUACAGAAGAAACGUCAGAGCCCAACUUUUAUGACACAAUAAGCAAAAUUCGCUUAAGACAACAACUGGAAAUGUAUUCAAUUUCAAGGAAGUAUGACUACCAACAGCCGCAGAGCCAGGCUGACAGUGUGCAGCUUUCACUGGAGUGAGGCCUCUGAAUCAGCAGCAUAAGGAAUUGUCGUUAAACAAAUACAGUCACAAGUGCCUCAUUGUUGUUACUAAAUCAUGAAAAACAUCUUUAAAAACUUCUGUCUGCAUAAAAUCAUUGUACUGUGACAUUCUCUCAGUUU